GGGGAGUCAGAGAGAGGGAGAGAGAGGCAGAGGGAGACUGGCGGGGUGUGAGGAGGGAGAACACCAUGGCUUCAGAUCCGGGGCUGGCUGUGAUGCUGCUAUGGACUAUAUCACUACAGGCUCUGGGCACCGCGGGAACUAACAGUAACGAAGUGAACCUACUCGACACGACGACCAUCACCGGGGACUGGGGCUGGCUAACGUACCCGUCACAUGGGUGGGAUGCCAUUAAUGAGAUGGACGAGUACUUCACUCCUAUCCACACAUACCAGGUCUGUAACGUGAUGAGCCCCAGCCAGAACAACUGGCUGAGGACGGGCUGGCUCCCCCGAGAAGGAGCCAGGAGGAUCUACAUCGAGGUCAAGUUCACCCUGAGAGACUGCAACAGCAUGCCGGGAGUCCUGGGCACCUGCAAGGAAACCUUCAACCUGUACUACUACGAGUCUGACAGGGCGGUGGGCUCGGCGGUCCGGGAGAACCAGUUCAUAAAGAUCGACACCAUCGCUGCUGACGAGAGCUUCACUGGGGUGGAUCUGGGGGUCCGCAGACUGAAACUCAACACUGAGGUUCGUGGCGUUGGCCCUCUGAGCAAACGGGGCUUCUACCUGGCCUUCCAGGACAUCGGCGCCUGCAUCGCCCUCACCUCCGUGCGGGUUUACUACAAACGCUGCGCCGGGGUGAGCCGCAACCUGGCGGUGUUCACCGACGUGGUGACGGGAGCCGACUCAUCCUCUCUGGUGGAGGUCCGGGGUCAGUGUGUGGAUCACGCCGAGGAGAGGGACACGCCCAAGAUGUACUGCAGCGCCGAGGGCGAGUGGCUGGUGCCCAUCGGGAGGUGUGUGUGCUCCGCCGGGUUCGAGGAACACCGAGACUCCUGCGUGGCCUGUGAGGUGGGUUUCUAUAAGCCGGUGGCGGGCGAUGGCCUUUGUGGUAAAUGUCCUCAACACAGCCACUCGGAGACCAGAGCCGCCCUGUCCUGCCCCUGCGACUCCAACUACUAUCGAGCGGCGGACGACCCAGCAGCAGCUCCGUGCUCCCGCCCUCCAUCUGCUCCAGUUAAUGCCAUCUCCUCUGUCAAUGGAACAUCUGUGAAUUUGGAGUGGGAUCGCCCUCUGGAUACUGGCGGUCGCAGCGACCUGAAGUACAGCGUGUUGUGUCGGAAAUGCUCGGGGGAAGGAGGGACCUGUGAGGAUUGCGCAUCUUCCCCCGGAAGCACCAGCGGAGGAGGGAAGGCGGGCGGAGGGGCGGGCCUCGGAGGGAUGGUGGAGCGCUUGGGCUCCGCGGCGAUUCGAUUCGUUCCCCGGCAGACCGGGUUGACGGAGCCCUGGGUGACGGUGCUCAACCUGGUGGCUCACACCAACUACUCCUUCCGUCUGCAGGCCAUGAACGCGGUGACGCACCUGAGCAACCAGCCGUCCCCUUAUGCCACGGUCAACAUCACAACGAACCAGGCAGCCCCCUCUGAAGUGCUAGCCAUCCGCCAGGAGAACACCAGCCAGAACAGCGUGACUCUGAUGUGGCACGAACCCAACCAGCCCAACGGAGUGAUCCUGGAGUACGACGUCAAGUACUAUGAAAAGGAUAAUGAAGCGCAGAGCUACUCCACUCUGAAGUCUAGAAACACCAGCGCUCGGGUGUCAGGGCUGAAGCCGGGAACUAAGUACAUCUUCCAGGUCCGAGCCAGAACGUCAGCAGGCUGCGGACACUUCAGCCCCAAUGUGGAGAUCCAGACUGGGAAAGCAGCUCCUCUGCGCUACAACACCAUGACCAUCAUCUGGAUCUGCAUGGCCUUGGUGUCCGGCCUGGUCACCUUCCUGGCCAUCAUCAUCUGCAGGAAACGACACUGUGGUUACAGCAAAGCCUUCCAGGACUCUGAUGAGGAGAAGAUGCAUUACCAGAACGGUCACGUGUCGUUCCCCGACGCGAGGUUCUAUAUCGACCCGCACACAUACGAGGACCCCUGCCAGGCGGUGCACGAGUUCGCCCGAGAAAUUGAAGCUUCCAGGAUCAAAAUAGAGAAAAUCAUUGGCUCAGGGGAGUUUGGGGAGGUGUGUUAUGGACGUAUGAGGCUCCCGGGGAAAAGAGACAUCCCGGUCGCCCUGAAGACCCUGAAGGCGGGAUACACGGAGAAGCAGAAGAGGGACUUCCUGGCGGAGGCGUCCAUCAUGGCGCAGUUCGACCAUCCCAACGUCAUUCGCCUGGAGGGGGUCGUGACACAAAGCAAACCAGCGAUGAUCAUCACAGAGUACAUGGAGAACGGCUCUCUGGACUCCUUCCUCAGGAGACACGACGGCCAGUUCACCAUCAUCCAGCUGGUGGGGUUGCUGCGCGGCAUUGCGGCCGGUAUGACCUACCUGUCUGACCUGGGCUACAUCCACCGAGACCUGGCGGCCCGCAACAUCCUGGUCAACAGCAACCUGGUGUGUAAGGUGUCCGACUUCGGCCUGUCCCGAGUGCUGGAGGACGACCCCGACGCUGCAUACACCACCAGUGGCGGGAAAAUCCCGAUCCGCUGGACCGCCCCGGAGGCCAUCGCCUACAGGAAGUUCUCCUCCUCCAGCGACGUGUGGAGCUACGGCGUGGUGAUGUGGGAGGUGACGUCCUACGGAGAGCGACCGUACUGGAACCUCACCAACAGAGACGUGAUCAAAUCUGUGGAGGAGGGCUACAGGCUGCCCGCUCCUAUGGGCUGCCCGGGUCCUCUGCACACGCUCAUGCUGGACUGCUGGCAGAAGGAUCGCAACCAGAGGCCGCGUUUCUGCCAGAUAGUCACCGUUCUCGACAAGCUCAUCCGCAACCCAGACAACCUGAAGUCUAUGGACACGCUGUGCAGUUUAAGCAGUCCUCCGCUGAUGGAGAGAGCCAUCCCCGAUUUCAGCAGCUGUAACUCAGUGAACGAGUGGCUGGACACCAUAAAGAUGAGCCGCUACAAGGACCACUUUGCAGCAGGGGGGUACCAAACUCUGGGACACGUCAUAAGCAUGAACCAAGGAGACAUCCAAAGGCUGGGGGUGACGCUGAUGGGCCACCAGAAGAAGAUCAUGACCAGCGUGCAGGUGAUGAGGGCGCAGGUCCUCAACAAGAGCGUGCCAUCAGUGCACGUAUAACUCCGACACUGAGUUGUUUCUCGGCUGAAAACUAGAAACCCAGACUUCUGCAAGAACUCGAGGGACUCCGUGGAAUUUGAAGAUGAGCUGUUAAUGGGAGAAGAGGAGACGUGGGAACUUUACAAGACUUUUUCCUUGAGGGAUUGAAGAGCAAAAACAUUUUAACUAUGGAGAAAGUAAACAUGACUUCUUUGGGACAAGUCCGACUUCAUUUCUGUUUUCCUGUCCAGUUUCUGAUUUUAAAAUGUCUUGUUUAUAAAUGGAAAGACUGCCUUAAUAACCGCAAAUUACAUUUAUUUUAUUUUACAAAGAGCAGAUAAUUUAUCAAUCAUGAAGUUUAUUAGAGAGAUAUGAUUUACUGAACCGGGGCAACAGUACAAGGAGUAAGGUCGUAGAGGUGGAGAUGGCGGGUGGUUUCCGAGCCUCUCCUGCAGCUUGAGGCAAAAGAGGCCCAGAGUGGGUCUUGAGCCGGUAAAAGUGGAGUAGAGUGAGAUUGUGCUCACCCGAGUUGCCAAAUCUUCUUCACAGCGGAGGAGACCCAUUUCACCCCAGGCUAUUAAUACCAACAACAGGCACAUUUCUCCACUGUCUAACCUUGAUGAAUGACCCCCGGAUAUCCCCAGAGCCCUCCACCCGGGGUGAAGCUGCGUGGCGCACAAUUACUGUACUUGGAAGUUGUGUGUGAUUCAGUUUCAGUGCACUUUAUUCUACAACGUCUCGGUGUUGCAGAGGCUUGGCAGUUCUGUCAAAAAUCUCAGACAGUUGGUCGGUAAUAUUAAAUAAAUAUAAAUUCUGAUUAACUACAAAGUGUAAAAACCAAGAGGGAAUAAAGAUAUUUAACAUGUAUUAGAGUAGUUAGUAGAUCGCUCAUGAGAUUUAUUUCCAAACUUGUGUCACUGUGACAGUCGUCAUACAAAAUACUAUUGCCAAUUUCAAAUACUCUGAUGAAUACUGCAUCUGACGCAUUUUCAAUAUAUUGGAGAUUCUUGUUAUUUAAUCCAACUGACUCCUAAUACAGUGGUGUAUUCUUAGCACAACCCGAAAGUUCGCAUCACAAGUGCUCCCUCAACAAGAAGCAAUGGAUUUUGUUGUGUGGAAAAUAAGCACUAGCAUGGCUAAUCUGGCUAACCUAAAGCCAGAUUUGUGUAUUUUGAUAAAACUAAUCUUGACUAAAGAUGUACUUAGAGAAAGCUGUAGGACUUAUUUCCAUAAUGUUACCAAAGAUCAAUGAAAACGAAGCAAAGUUGAGUUUUGUGGUAAAGAACAGGAGAGUCGAUAUCAGAGAAGAUCCCGAGCAAGUGGACCUUCAGUUUAGAUUAUUUGGUCAAACUAUUUUAGUCAGUCUAGUACAUUUUCUACAAGAAUUGACUUUGAAAUGUCAGAUAAAAUAUAUUGCAAUUUAUACUUCUUAAGACAUGUUGACCCUCCUUGAUUACGAUCAGAUACAGAAAUGCAUUUUAGAGCAGUUUGACGGGAUGCUUCCAAAUGCGUCAGGAGGAUUUCAUAUUCUGAAACUGUUUUAAAAUGAUGAUGAGGAUGAUGAUGAUGAUGGCUCAAUUAACAAGAACACGUUUGGCCUUGCUUGUUAGCCAAGAAGCUAACAGCCAAGAAGCUAACAAGCAAGCUUGCGUUAAUGCUAACUGUUUUUUGAAGCAUCCCAUGCAUUGAAAGUGUUUUAAUACCAUGAUGAUGAUGAUGAUGAUGAUGAUGGCCCAGUUAGGAUUAAUUUACUAGCUAGCCAAGAAGCUAACAGCAAGUUGAUAUUAAUGCUAACAGUUUUAAGUAUCAGAUACAAUUUUAUGCGGUUGAACUUCAUUUUUGAAAUGCAUUACGAGGAUCCAAUAUAUUGAAAAUGUUUUAGAAUUAUGAUGAUGAGGAUGAUGAUGAUGAUGAUGAUGAUGAUGAUGAUGAUGAUAAUGGCCCAAUUAACAACAUUAACUUUUUGCCUUGCUAGUUAGCCAAGAAGCUAACAGCAAGCUUGUGUUGAUGCUAACAAACGAUGAGAUGUACAUUUUUCAUUUUGUUGUGUUUAUUGGCAAAAGUACAAUUGAUAUAACAUUUGCAAAAUACAACAUUGAGCAUCAAAUAUAGAAUUGUUUUAACAGAGGGUUAUAAAAUAAUAUAAUAAUACUGUUAGCCAAGAAGCUAACAGCAAGCUGCGGAUAAUGCUUACGGAUGGAUAAAGAAAUACAUUUCGAUGCGAUUUUGAAAUGCGUCAGAAGGAUCCCAUCAGUUUCAAAUGCUUUAAACUGAUGACGAUGGCCCAGUGAACAGGAAUAACCUGCUAGCUAGCCAAGAAGCUAACAGCAAGCUGGUAUUAUGCUAACGUUUUUACUCUGAGGUAUAAAAUGAAUUUUGUAUCUCAGAGUAAAUACAGAAAAAUGUAAGUGCAUUAGAAGGAUCCAAUAUAUUGAAAAUGUUUUAUGAUGAUGAUGAUGAUGAUGAUGAUGAUGAUGAUGAUGAUGGCCCAAUUAACAACAUUAACUAUUGCCUUGCUAGUUAGCCAAGAAGCUAACAGCAAGCUGGUGUUGAUGCUAACGAACAACGAGAUGCUAACCGUAGCUUUUAUUAUGAUGUGUGUAAGAAGGAGCGUGCUAACUAGCAAAGCACAAUAUAUUAUGUGUAAAAUAUAACACUAAGCACCCAAAAUACUGUAGAGUUUCUUUGACAUAGGACUAUAACAUAUUAUUAAAAAGGAUACAACGGUUGCUGCCAAACUCUGCUAAAUUGUGUACAGCGUUUUUAUAUUUAAAACAAAUUCCCUUAAAUGUUUAGAUAAUAUCAACACGACAUACAGCACAUGUUUUUAGCUUUCAACCGAAAUUACACAUUAAGGAGGAUUGUCCACAUAGCCAGGGUUACCUUUAAUAAAUAUUGACAUCAUUUGCUUUUAUUCUUUUGGCUUUUAAGAACAAAAUGCUACAGAGUCUUGUUUAAUCCGAUGGACGUUUAUCAAAUCGACAUCAGCUCUGAUGCUAUCCCGUGGACUCUGUUCCCCUGGAGAUCUGAAUACAUGUUUGUGGGAAUACUGGGAAUAUAUUUUACACAAUAAGCUACACAGACUGUACAAUAAAGUGUUACUUCUGAUUUAAUGUGAUCACGCUGUUUGCCUCAGUGAUGAUGAAAUGGAAAAGAAAAGAAGAACAUGUGAGUGGAAUGUUUAUCUCUCAACGCUGAAGAAAGACCAUCACGCAUAGCCCUGAGUUAUACCCCCCUCCGUGCCAUCAAGAGAAUGUCUUUUUCUCGGUAGGUUUUUCCUCUAGAUGAUUGAUGUCAGUUUUUGUUAGAGAAAAAAACCUCGUGGCAUCUUUUGAAUAUGUAUAAUAAUGGUACUUCACUACUGGUUUUUCUUUAGGAAUGUUUUUCUUUCAUUGAAGACACUGGACUUGAGCUGAAAGUCGUAUUUUAUAAAGCUAGGAUAUGUUUUUGCUAGAUGAAUUGAUUUAUAAUGUAUACUGCGAGUUCAGUCACUGGAAGGAAGUAAAAAAAGAAAAUAUCAACUGGAUUUCUUCACAUUUCAUUAUUUAUUCAUGCUCAAUUUGUUUAUUUUUUAAAUAAUUCAACUAUGAGAGGUUUUACUGCAGUUGAUGAAUCAUCCUUGUUGCUAAUGAUAAACCAUAAAUGUGCAAACUGUCCAUAAAUACACAAUAAAGGAACGUUUGUCUGUG